CGUUAUAAACACAAUUGUUGCCGAAAGCGGAGUACAGAUUUAGACACAAAUAACAAAAUAUAUUGGUAACUACAAUGCUAAAGAAAGAAACGCUCUGGCAAAAUGCGAUCCCUGCUUUAAUUUUAACCGCACGUUGAGUUAUAUUAGAAUUUUAUAGCCUAUAAAUUGACUAUGCUAAACAAUGCUGGUAACGUAAGUCGAGGAUAGAAAUUAACUUAAGUGAAGUUGGUUUUAUAUUCAGAUUUUUUUUUUCUAAUAAUAUAGUUUCAAACUCUAAAUAGGGAAGUCAUAUUAGCAGCCACUGACUGUCAAAGUACAUCGUUGUUCACAGGCAAUUAAAUACUGUUAAUGUUGUUUUGAAGUCAUUCUUACAUGUGAUUUGAUAUCGAUUUGAUAUCGAAUAAACAAUACUGUGUCACUAAACGAAUGUGCAAAACCAACUUUGCUGAAAUCUGUGCCAGAAUGAAGUUGGAGUUUGUUAAAGAGGAGAUUGAUGACCUGAAGGAUCCAGAACCAUCCAGAAUUAAUCAUGAAGAUGCUGAGGUUACUGAACAAACAGAUCACAUGAAAAAGAAAGAGCAAAGACUGAAUGAAGAGGAGGAGGAGAAAGAUUGUGACUUCAAAACUCAGAAAGACAGAAAGCCUUGUGAGAAAAAGGUAGGACUUAUGGAAAAGAGUAAACCACAAACGAAAACGGAUAAAGAAAGAACCGACUAUGUGUGUUUGGACUGUGGGAAGAGCUUUAGUAUAGCUGCAUGUCUGAAACAGCACCUCAGGAUUCACACUGGAGUAAAACCCUACAAGUGCUCAUAUUGCGAGAAGAGUUUCAGUCAUUCGGGACACUUGAAAAGACACGAGCGAACUCACACUGGAGAGAAGCCGCAUCACUGCACCCAAUGUGGUCAUGACUUUAUAAGAGCGUCAUGUCUAAGGAAACACAUGAGAAUUCACACAAACGAGAAGCCUUAUGCGUGUUCGUUCUGCGCAAAGACUUUUACACAGCCUGAUCACUGUAAACGGCACCAGAAAACACACACUGGCGAGAAAGAUCAUGUGUGCGCUGAGUGCGGGAGGAACUUUAUUAGAGCCGAUCAACUGAAAAGCCACCAAAGGAUGCACACUGGAGAAAGGAAAACACACUUCUGUCCUCCGUGUGAGAAGGUUUUUAGAAGUUCAGGACGCUUUGAAACACACAUGGCAAAAUAUCAUAAGUCAUCACAGUGAACAUUUCAUUGAUCAAUGUGAAGGAUUCGGAUUUCUGCCUUCCACUCCGUCUCAUCAUGGAUCAACGUUUAUCCUUUUCUUAUUAUUUUUUAUUAAAGAUGAUUAUUGAAUAAUGAAUAAAGUGAACACAUUGCUUAAUAUAAGAAUGUUCAGUGCAUUUGCCGGUCUCUUUAUAACUAUUCUCAGGAGCCACCAAACUAGCUCAGAGGUCACGGAGACCUUGAGUGAAACGGAAGGGCUGAGGACUGGAAACAACUGUUCCUAUUGUUAUUUCUAUGAGUUA